GCCUUUUUCUGCUUCAGUUUCCAGUUUUAAUGCUAUUUAUUCAUCUCUAUAUUUGCCUUUUUCCUUCUGGUACUAUAGUCUGUUUGUAGUAUAAAGCACUUGGAAAUCUGUGAUCUUUCUUUGGAUUUUUGCAAAAAUCACAGUAAAUUAAUUUCUGGGAUUUCACACAUUUCUUUCUGCCAUCUUUUAAGAAAACUUAGAAAAAAAGUUUCCCUUUUCUUUUUUUUUCUUUGGCCAAAAGGAAGGAAGUUUCUUGCUACCAGAAAACCAGCUUUUCAUCAGAAAAAGAAAUAGGAUUUUAUCUAUAAAUAUUUGCAAGGCUUGUUAGCUGCUUCUUGGUAUUACAAAAGGAUCAAAGCUAUAUACCUGACUGGAUAAAGAUUUUUUAUAGUAUCAGUAUAAUUCAGCAUAUUAUAGCAGGGUUUUAUGUGGCUACAGAGCAAUACAAAACAAAGGAAAAAUCAAUGGAAGAUUUUCAAGAAGAAGAUAUAUGGGAUAUUAAUGUGAAGGAAAGAAAAGGUUUCUCAAGUUCAGUAGUGAAGAGGAAAUUAGCCACUGCUCCAAAAGUGAUUCCAAGAACUAAAAGUACACCAAUGCACCAGCAAUCAUCAGCUCCAGUUAAUAUUCCUGAUUGGUCCAAGAUUUAUAACAAGAAAAAAUCAAGUAGAUUCUUGAAAAAUGGUUCUUGGGAUAGUGAUGAAAGUGUUGAAAAUAUUGUUGCAGAAGAUGAAGAUUGUGAUUAUGAUUUUGGUGAUGGAAUGGUACCACCACAUGAAUAUAUAGCUAGAAGAGUUGCAAGAAGUCAAAUUGCUCCUUUUUCUAUGUGUGAAGGUGUUGGGAGGACACUUAAGGGAAGAGAUCUUAGCAAAUUGAGGAAUGCCAUCUUAACCAAAACUGGUUUCUUGGAAUAACUCAAACAACAUAGGUGUAACCGCUCAACCCGCUAGUGAUAUUAUUCGCUCUGGAUUUAAGUUCUCACGGGGUUUAAAACGCAUCACUAGGAUCUAAGACCUGUUAACUUAUAUAUCAACAUCCGACUUUGUGUUUUGCCGAUGUAGAACUCUAUCUAAAGUCUGAGGUGUUACAUUAGGCCAUCCACUUUAUAGUGUUUCCAUGAUGUUCUUAUUUUUAAGAAAGUGACGUUUGGAUCAGUUUUUUGGUA